CUUCCUGACCGCACAGCCUCGCUCCAGUCACUGCCAGACUCAGUGGCUCAGGCAGGAAUGCAGCAGGCAAGGCUUACCCUCGUGGCUGCGGCUGUGUGUGUGGCUCUUCGGACCUCAGAAGCCAUACUGCCCAUCGCUUCCAGCUGCUGCACUGAGGUUUCCCACCACAUUUCCAGAAGGCUUCUGGAGAGAGUGAACGCCUGCAGCAUCCAGAGAGCCGACGGGGACUGCGACUUGGCUGCUGUCAUCCUCCAUGUUAAACGCAGAAGGAUUUGCAUCAGCCCGCACAACCAUAUGUUGAAGCGCUGGAUGAGAGCCUCGCAGGUAAAGACCGGCAAAGGAAACCCCUGCCGUAAGAGCGACAGCAAGAGUCACACCCCGAGGAAGCACGGGUCACAGAGCCACAAAGCUCCGGGUUAGAACGGACACAAAACCCUACGGGGAUAACACCACAAGUGAACUGAUUCAUAGUUGGUCAUAAAUUUGCCCCCUGAGUCUUCCUUACGGACACCCCAUGGUGUUUUGCUUUGCUAAUGGAUGGUUGCGGGUAAGGAUGUAAGUUCAAUGGUAAAGCACUUGUGCAGUUUGGAGGGUCAACCCUUGGCACCAAAAGCAAAGGUCAAACAAAAAUGUGCACAGGUGACCAAUGAUAUACAUAACUGAAAAACUAACUGAAAAUAUAAAAUUCACCUUUAUACACAAAAUUUAAAGGGAUAAUAUUGAUAGAAUUCUUUUAACUUUAAAAUUUAAGUUCCCUGGUCCUACCGAGGAGCUGAAGGAUUGGUCCAAGGAUUAUGUACAUACCUGCCACCUACAUUAGUCACUGUGAAUAUUUUCUCUCUCUUCUGUGUGUUUGUGUGCACUGUAUAUACAUGUAAGAGGUUUUUCACUAAACCAUCUGAAAAGUUGCAAGCGUGACCUUUGUCUAGCCCAUUUACUGUUACUGAAGCGUUUCUGAUUAGGUAACCUCUAAAGAGCACAAGUUUAUUAGGCUCAGAUUUCUGAGGUGGGAAAGCCCGAGACCUUGACACUAACUGGUCAGCAUCUGGGAGGACCUUUACAAUGAACCUUAAUGUGACAUGUGGCAAUACAGCCCAGUGUGCUAACUGGAUCCUCUCCUUUUCUUAUAAAGCCACUAACAACAUCAGGGAGGCUAUACCCAGGCAGCCUCAUUUAACCUCAACUAAGGUUAAAUUUAAAGGCCCAUCUCCAAAUGCCAACAACAUAGAGAUUUAAGGAUCAAGUUCCAAUACAUAAAUAUCUGUAGAACACACUCAAACCAUAGCAACACUUCAGCUCCAAGUUCUUUCUCGAAUUAUCACUUGGUAUCACCCAAGAAUAAACACAUUUUCCUAAAUAAUUACACUAGCCAUUUUAUACCUGGAAAGUUAGCAAUUUUGUAUAGUCUAUACGCAAAUUUCUUCCCAGAUCCCCUUACAUAAUUUUUUCCCAUCCAGCUUCACACAUUGCCAUUCAUUUUUAUGUUUUUAGUAUUUUCAAUAUAAAAAUGUCCCUCGGGCUUUUUCUUUCCUCCCUUCCUUCUGUUCUUCCAUAGCUUGGACUCUUUAGAAGAGUAGAGCUCAGAAUUUGCUGCACAUUCCACAUUCAUGUGCUUGGUCGUCAAGAUCAUCUCAAACUCCCCCUACGGGUCUGCACCCUUCUUGCUUCCUUUGUGGUUCUGCAGCAUCAUUUUCUAAGUGGCACUUAGAGGUUUGAAUGGCUACCAUCCUGUUGUAAACUCAAAAGCUGAAGAAGAAACUCUGCCUCCCUGCCUAGAACUUCUCUCUCCUGUUGUGGUUCUCAGAGCAGCAGCAGCAUUAUAUAUGCAGAAACUGGCUGACCCGGAACUAGUCAAGUAGAGCAGGCUGGUCUUGAAUUUACAGUCAUCCACCUGCGCCUGCUUCCAGACCAACAGGACUAAAGGCAUGUCCAACCACAGGGCUCUAGAAGCCAAUUUAAAAACCAACAACUCCUAAUCCACUUCCUCCGUGUGUUGUGAGCUGAUUCACACUGAGAUAUUUAGACACAUGGUAAAAGCCCAUUUCCAUGGCCACCACUAGAACAGGGUCAGUUUGCCAGGUGUCCUCGGUGUCUUGGACAGUCCCAGGCAGUAGCAUUACUAGGAUUACUUGGGGAACAAAUGGGACACGAAGCAGUACUAGACCUGAUGUCAGUUAAAAUAUCACCAGGUCAACCUUUGUCUGACGCCCCUCAUAGAAACCGAUGCAGCCUGCAGUUUCUUUAGGCUCACCAACAAUCCUGCAGCUUUGUUUGGGUAAGAAAAGUGGAGGCUCAGAGAGGUCAAAGGACUUGCCCAGCAUCUUAUAGUAAGAGGCAGAGACAAGCUGCGUCCAGAUGACUGGACUCUUACUAGUUUUCCCCGCAGCCCCAACAGUGGACUGAGACAUAUGGACAUGGAGGUGGGAGAGGAAAUCUAUCCCUGCUGUUCCCAAAGGGUGAGGAGACACAUCUGGUUGAUAGCAUUAAAACCUCUGCCACCGGCACUGCGGGAGAUGUUUAUUGGCAAAAGCCACUUUCAUAGACCACACGGGCCUCAACCUGAUCCGGUGCCCUUUUACGUAUUCCACAGUGGAGGAAACUACAAAAUAUUACUCUUUGGCUUGCAAAAUAUUUUUCAUCAGGUCCGUCUUUUGAAUCAAUUGUCAGAUUUUAUCCGGAAGUAUAGCAUUCUUUGAUAGUCCAACUCUGGCAUGCCUUUGGCAGGCAAUCCCGAGGAAAAACACCACUGUCAUUCGGCACCAUCAAAGUGCAGGUCUAAAUGCCAAAGAAAGCAGCACUAAAUUCACAAUUGUAUGAAAGGUACCGAGCCAUGUGGCUAGCAUAGAUAAGAACAAUGGGUUAAUAUAAGCUACAAGAGCUAAUAAGAAGACUGAGCUAAUGGGCCAAUCGGUUUUAUAACUCAUGGAGAUCUCUGUGUGAUUUUCUUUGGGGCUUUGCUGGCUGUGGGGAACUGGGAAGGAUAUAAACCCCAACAAGACAGCCCUCAAUGUUACAAUUGUAAUAAAACACAAUAAUACAAAAUCAGAAUGAGGCACAAUAGGCAUGUUGAAAAGUUAAAAUGAAAAAAAAACAUUGAUCUUUGAGUCUUUCAACUAAUCAUUUGAAUCAUAUAAUUAUUGUUAUAUUUAUUGUUAUAAUUAUUGUUGUAAUUAUUUUAUUUCUACUUGUAACUAUCAUCCAAAAUUUGAUACAACUUGGGGUCACGACAAAUGACAGUAUGUGUGAUAUAUUUUAAAAGCUGAUGGUUGUGGUUUGGGUAAGUGUUCUCGAAAGCUUGUGUAUGGAAGGAAGGCCUGUUCUUCCAUCCUUAGUGCCCCUGGGAAGCAGUGGAGAAUUCGGAACGUGGAGUCUAAUGAGCAAACUCAGGUCCCUGGGGGUGUGUCCUGUCUUGGUUUCAGAGCACCAGAAACUAAGCAGCUUCUUUGGCCACGUAUUUCCACCAGGACAUUCUGUCUGCCCCAGGCCCAGAGGUCACAGAGACCCAACUGAUUGUGAACUGAAACUUUUGAAACUGUGAGCUGAAGGAAGCCUGUCUGCUGUCUCAGUUGAUUUGUCACGAGGAUUUGUGACAGAAAGAGAUGGGUUUUACUGUAAUGUGAGCAGUUAAGAUUUGGUAUCUGAAAGACUAAGUCUCUUAGAGACUGCUGUGUGCUUAGUAAAACAUUAUCACUCUUAUACUGUGUACAAUAUUGUAAGUACUGUUACUUUAUCACAAGUUACAAUAAGUCACCCAGUUUAACCUAUAAGCCUUCCUUUUAAAAAAUGUAUUCUUCUUAUACUUUAUUAAAA